UGCUGUGUGAUUCCCGCCAAUUUUUGCGGUACUACGACAGUGAGUCGAGCCUUUCAUGGAGACGUUUGACCCUGCCGAGCUGCCCGAACUGCUUAAGCUUUAUUACCGGAGGCUUUUUCCCUACGCCCAGUACUACCGUUGGCUCAACUAUGGCGGAGUAAUAAAGAAUUACUUUCAACACCGUGAAUUUUCAUUCACAUUGAAAGAUGAUAUUUACAUUCGCUACCAAUCCUUCAACAACCAGAGUGAGCUGGAAAAGGAGAUGCAGAAAAUGAAUCCAUACAAGAUUGAUAUAGGCGCGGUAUAUUCCCACAGACCCAAUCAGCACAAUACAGUGAAGCUGGGAGCUUUCCAGGCUCAAGAAAAAGAACUGGUGUUUGACAUUGAUAUGACAGACUAUGACGAUGUGAGGAGAUGUUGUAGUUCUGCAGACAUAUGUUCUAAGUGCUGGACCCUCAUGACGAUGGCCAUACGCAUAAUCGACCGAGCACUAAAGGAGGACUUUGGAUUUAAGCAUCGUCUCUGGGUAUAUUCUGGAAGGAGAGGUGUUCAUUGUUGGGUCUGUGAUGAAUCGGUUAGAAAACUGUCCUCUGCAGUACGUUCUGGGAUAGUUGAGUAUUUGAGUCUUGUAAAGGGUGGUCAAGAUGUUAAAAAGAAAGUCCAUCUAAGUGAAAAAAUUCACCCUUUUGUCAGCAAAUCUAUAAACAUAAUAAAAAAAUACUUCCAAGAAUAUGCCUUAGUUGAUCAAGAUAUUCUUGAAAAUAAAGAAAGCUGGGAUAAGAUUUUAGCCCUUGUUCCUGAAACAAUUCAUGAGACACUUCAGCAAAACUUCCCGAAGUAUCACAAUUCACUUCAGCGUUGGGAAUAUUUGAUGAAAGCCAUCAGCUUGCAGGAUAGUACCAAAAAUGACAAAUGUGGACCCUGCCUGGAAUGGGAGAUCAUGCUCCAGUACUGUUUCCCACGGCUGGACAUCAAUGUUAGCAAAGGAAUCAAUCAUUUGCUGAAGAGCCCCUUUAGUGUUCAUCCUAAAACAGGUCGUAUUUCUGUGCCUAUUGAUUUACAGAAAGUGGAACAGUUUGAUCCAUUUACUGUUCCAACCAUAAGCUCUCUCUGCCGUGAAUUGGAUGCCAUUUCCAUUAAUGAUGAGGGAAAAGAAGGAAAUGAAGCCGAAUCUGAUACCAAACGUAGAACCAGAGAUUAUAAGAAGACCAGUCUAGCUCCUUAUAUAAAAGUUUUUGAACAAUUUCUUGAAAACCUGGAUAAAUCCCGAAAAGGAGAACUUCUCAAGAAGAGUGAUUUACAGAAAGACUUCUGAAGAUAACAGCUCUCCUCAAACCUAUGUAGAUAUCUUCUAGCUUCAAGAAUCAAAUACUUCAGGCGCCUGGGUCGCUUAGUCGGCUGGGUGUCUACAUUCGGCUAGGGUCAUGAUCCCAGGGUCCUGAGAUCAAGUCCCAGGUCAGGCUCCCUACUCAGUGGGGAGUCUGCAUC